UCUCAGGCUUAUCUCCGAUAAGGUUUAUUAUUAGCGUUUUGUGAAAAAUAUUGGAAAGGUCGCACUUGGGUUUUUUUCAAAUUUAAUAAUAUUUUAAUUUCUGAACUAGUUUGGAUGAAAACGUAUUAAUUACAAUCAUGUUGUAUAGAUAAUAUUGUACUGACAGAUGAUUUAUAUGUUAAUUUAUUAAUUUGACACGUAAAAAGAUAGAUAGAAUUACACUGAAUUCUUGAAGAAGAGACGUGUGAUUUAUACAUUUAUCUAGUGUAUCAUAAUUUAUUAAUUAUGGAAGAAGUCCUUCAACAGUUGGGAGUUGGUAUUCGACCUGUGAACGAUCCCUUCUUCGAUGAUUCCUAUAAAGUCUGCAAAGUAUUUCAAAGGAAAGGCAUCACAAUUGAUGACGAGGAGGAAUUAUGUCACGAAGUGAUCAGAGAGUUCCCAUGUUAUGUCCCAGGAUGCAAGGCUACUUUCCAAACAUUGUUUGAUUAUGAGAUACAUUAUAAUAGUUCUCAUCGAUAUACUUGUACAGAAUGUAAAGCAUCUAGACCAAGUCCACGACUGUUGGAAAUUCAUAUUCAAGAGACGCAUGAUGCCUUCUUUAAGAUUUUAUCCGAGAAGCAAGCCAUGUAUCAAUGUUAUGAUUCUGAAUGUAACAUAAAAUUUAAUGAUCCAAUGGAAAGGAGGCAACAUUGCAUAAAAGUACAUAAAUUUCCAAAAAGAUAUCGAUUUGACAACAUACAACAUUUUACCAAGGAAGAUGAAUCAAAAAGAAUGGAAAUUGAUGAUGUUGACGAUAAAAGUAAAAAAAAAGCUACUAAAGUAUUAUUGAAAAAUCAGAAAAGCAAAAUGUUCUCAAAAAGUGCUACCAGUGUAGUUUGUGGAAAUACUGCUACUUUAGAAACAAUUCCAACAACUAAUGUCAAAACUAAAAUAACAACACCAUUAGUUUUUGUUCCUACACAAGUACAAAGAUCGUUUUCGAAGGUACUUACAGGUAAUCAAAAUAGAGAAAAGAAUGUUCUUGAGUCAGAAGUUAUAACAGAACUUGCAGAUUCGUUGCCUGACUGAUAUUUUAUGUACAAUAUUUGUUUAAGUUUAAUUUCACUGACAAAUUAUUUUGAAAUACUUGUGUAAUACUUUUCUAGAAAUGUCUAACUUUUAUUGAGAUAAAUAAAUGUUGUCUUAUUUAUUGACCAAAAAAGUA